UGUUUGUGAGCAAGUCAACAUGGGCAACAAUCCCGUUAUUUUUGUCCACUUGUUUUCCUAGACAACAAUAUAUUGUAGAUAACAGUAUAGGCGCCCAUGAACACGUGGAAAAUACAUUUUAAGUGGCCCUAAUAAGCGGCGUUAUCGAACAAACUCAUAAAUACAUCUUGUCCAUUCUCGUACGGGAGACUACGUUCCAAUAAAUCACAUUUUCUGAUUUACAUAAGGUUUCGAUAAAACCCAAUAAUCAAGAUUUCACCAUUGAGCUCUUUUUGUGGCGUUGUUUUGGGGAGUUUAUUGGAGCUCACCGUUUGACUUACACGCGGCGACUGUGUGAUACACCACCACCAUGUUGCGAGGGGAGAUAAGGCCGACUUUAUUAUAGGUGAGUGCUGCUCUGGUCAUGGGCAUGAAUCACCAAGAACCUUUGUUUCAUUAUUUGAUAGUCACUUAAUGAAUUCUAAAGGAUCAUUCUAAGCCAGGCCUUAUCGCACGCUGCACAUAGCCUUUACCGACUGGCGAUGCUUAUUCAUAACCACGGACAGCAACGGUCAUACUUCGCUCUGAAUGUGUGGCUUGCUACCAUGUAUUUUCCACAUCAACUUCGCACUGGCCUUUUAUAAUGGUUUCUCAACCCCCCACAUUGUUAGGCGUGAUCUUGUUUUAAUGGCAAGACACACUUUCAGUCAGUUACAGUAACUGGCCAGCAACAACAACAAAAGCUCUUUACUGCAUUGUUACAUUCACAUCUCUCAUGUGUUUGCCUUAUAAGGACAUAGUGGUUUAUGUAACGCAUCAGAAUACUUCUAAAUAUGUCUCUUGCACGCUGUGCUACACCACCCCUUAAUUUGGACUCUCGUUUACUCUACCACAAAGAGGACAGUUAAAUUAGGGUUGACUGGAGUAGUUUACCCAUUCAUAAAAAAAACGAUCUGCUUCUAGAAUGAUGCGGUGUGACACUGCCCUACUCCGUCGUCUUUGCCCAAAGCAUUUGGUUGCGCUUCCCCAGUCCAGGCGAUGCAAAACAAUUCUGCCUAACGCACGUAACGUUAAGCGAAUACAUACCACAUCUAUGUGAUCGAUGGUAUUCGUAUGAUUGUAUUUCAAACGGGAAUUAUUAGGAUGCUCACAAAAGCACCAGCCACCGAUGCAUGGGUAAUUGGCAGUGCUAUGAUUGCAGAUAAGCUGCACUUGUUCAAGGGGAUACUACUCAGACUGACAUGCACUCUAAAACACAGUAAGAUAUCGCUACCCUACCUCUUUCGUAUGCACCUCACCUCCAUCACAUCCCUCCAAACCCCCUGGCCCCCCCUCCUCCUUACAACGGAGUCCGGUGACUCCGUCUACGUUAUACGUGUGACUCCGCCCAUUCCUCGGUUUUGUCCAAAUCGGGCUUUCUGCGUCGCCGGAGCUCCCGAUAUCAAGCAAACGUCAUCACCAGAGAGAGGGAAUGCUGACGUCGGAGCCGUGUCACCCAGAGUAAGAGGCUUGGGAGGGGGGAACGGCGAGUGUUUCAGCAUAGCUAACAUUGAUAUGAGACGUAUCAAUCCCCCGCGGCCCCCCUUCUUCUUUCACCCCCCUUCUCCCUUUUACGUCGGUGUUGGCGCGUUGGGAGCCCCCCUACACCGAUGGAGUCCCAGGCUAUAUAAGUUACCGGCGAGCAGAGUAACUCCACCAGAUUUGCGGGAACCCGAUAUCUGGGCAAGAGACGGCUUUAGAGCUGCCGAGAAACUCCGAACCGGGGGAGAGAUCCAUCAAGCCUCCGGUCCGCAACCGAACCAGGCGCUGUGGCGAAGCCAAAGAAGAGCACCGAGGAUCGGAGUAAACAUGAGACAGGACUAAAGACCUGUUCAGAACAUGCGCUGAGAUGACAAUCCAAUAAAAAACUCCAGACAGGGUUUUAACGACCAUCCUGUACUCCGACUCCACGUCAAGGGACAGAGGGGACCCAGACAUUCCUCAUAUCAACCCACUGCAGUCUGCUCAACUCAGAGUUUCAGCCGAACUCCGGGAAUUUUCUUCUCAACGGCCAGAAACUACCUACCAUGUAUCGGUCCACCAAAGGGGCGUCGAAAGCUCGUCGGGACCAGAUCAAUGCAGAGAUUCGGAACCUCAAGGACUUGCUCCCCAUAUCCGAUGUGGACAAGGCUCGACUCUCAUACCUACACAUAAUGUCCAUGGCAUGCAUGUACACGAGAAAGUCAGUGUUUUUCAACAAAGAUGCCCCUAGCACUGACAACCCCGAGGAGAGCUUUUUUUCCUUUGAUGAACUGUCGGAGUUGAUGCAUGAAAUGCCAGGUUUCCUGCUUCUGCUGACUGGGGAGGGAAGACUGCUGUUCUUGUCAGACAGCGUUUCCGAACAUCUUGGUCACACUAUGGUAGAUCUGGUUGCCCAGGGUGACAGUGUGUAUGACAUCAUCGACCCCACGGAUCAUUACACCAUGAGGAGUAACCUGGUGCCCCCAACAACCCCAGAGACAGAUCGCCUGUUUCGCUGCCACUUCAACGCCUCCAAGUCAGUGCGUCGGCAGAGUGCCGGCAACAAGCUGGUGCUGAUUCGAGCUCGCUGCCUGACACCCCCAGCUGCCCCAACCGCCUACUGGACCACCAACUCCGUGUGGGUGUGCUUCUGCUCACCACUGGACCCCCACCCUCCCCGUGCGGGCACUUCCACCGAACAAGAACCCUCUCCGUUUGUGGACGCAGAGAGCAACCUCUUCCUGGCCUGCUUCCACUCCCAACACAGUCGGGACAUGAGGCUGCAGGAGGCGCAAGAUAGUGUGAAUGAAUACCUGGGCCAUGAUGUAGAGACGCUGCGCUCCCGUUCGUGGUACAGCCUGCUGCAUCCCCAGGACCUCACGCACGCUUCGGCCCAGCACUGCAGCCUGUUGAGAGAGGGAGGAGAGGGUAGAGCUGACAUGGUGGUUCGGAUGGAGACCGCCGAUCACUCCUGGGUCUGGCUGUAUAUGGUCCUGCAGCUGGAGACUGGGGAACACCCCAUCCGCAGCAAUAACUUCGUCAUCAGUGAGUCCGAGGCCUGGUCAGUGAGGCAGCAGCUGGGUUCGGAGCAGAGUCAGCUCACUCUGGUGCUCGGGUCCUCCGGCGCCGCCCAGCAGGAGGGCAUGAGCCUCCAGUCCCCAGGGACACUCUCCAGCCCAGACCAGGUGUUCACGCCCGGAAGCAGCGGGCUCUCUGGACAGUCCUUCGAUUUCAGCACCCCUGUGUGCAGCGAAGGGCAGCCCAGCAGCUCCAAGGCUGCCAAAGCCGCGGGUGAGGGAGAGGACCCCCGCUCCAGCCUCUCCUCGCUGGAGGAGGAGAGCUUCUUCCAGCAGUUGCCCAGCAGCAGCGAGCCUCUGGCCAGCCCAUCUGCACCCUCUUCACCCAUUCCAGUCACCGUGGCCACCGUGCCCGAGCUGGACUUCCUGACCCAGAACAUUCUGCUGCCGCCGUCCUUCCAGUUGGAGCCACCCCUGCCCGCACUGCCCCUGCCACUCCCACCAGUGCCCCUCUCCCAGGCCCAGGAGACAAAGGAGUUCGUCUGCACCCCUCCUUACACCCCGCAGGUAUGCACCGGCAGCAGCUUCCCCUUCGGCGACCCGCUCUUCAGCUUUGACCCCACCGGCACCAGCACUUCUUCUCUCACAACCACAGUCCCCACCACCACGGCCUCCACGCUCUCCCAGUCCUCUUCCAGCAACCCCACCGACAGCCCUCCGCCCUCCAGCACCCUUUCCACCACUCUCCUGCCGCCCCUCUCCUUGACCAUCCCCUCAACCGAUCUGCUCUUCCCCGUGGACCCCUGCAGUGGCACCCUCUAUGAGAAACUGCCACCCACCCCUGACAGCCCCGGGGAUGGCGACUGCACCGUCAUGACCCUGCCUGAAGUCCGGGGGCCCCUGUAUGUUGACGUGCCACUCGGACCCUUCCACGGCCCUCCUGACGGACUCCUGACCCCCGAGGCCUCACCUGGCAAGCAGCCCUACCUGUCGUUCUUCUCCCUGGAACCAGAGAGAGAGCGGGAGAAGAUGGAGAUCUCCCUCCUGGCUGAACACAUCGGCACACUGGCUGAUGACCUCUACCCUGAUCCACUCUUCUCCAAACUCAUGCCCUCUUCCGAGUUUCCACCCAGCACCACUCCGGACCCUGUGGGCCUGGACUCACUGUUCUCCCUGCUGGGGGACUUCUAUCCCAUCAAGUCCUGGAAGGGCUCGGAUCUCCCCAUCUUCCCCGACGAAGACUCUCUGUUUGAAGAGAGAAUUCUUGAGAGCCUCUUUCAAGACCUUGCCACGUCUCCAUGCCCCUCUCCGACGUCUUCCCUUUCCUCACCCUCCACGUUCUCGCCGACGCUUUCCUCCCCUUCUUCCUCCUCUGCCCCCUCCAGUUCCCCCUGCUCCCCAACAUCUCCCCUGUGCUGGCAUCCAACCUUGCACUUUGACGGGGCCUCUGCCGUAGGCGUCGGUCACUUCAGUAGCGUCCAAUCGGCGCGCCGUAACCAGGCAGCCGGCUGCGGGGCGACGACGGAGCGCGCUCCAACUCCGGGGGAUCAGGCCAACUGUGAAGAGGAGGCUGAGGUCGCCAUGGAGACGGAGGAAUUGCCUCUGUUGUCUGACGGCGCCCCCUUGUCACCUCCACUGGUCGCCUCGUCCUCGUCAGCCUCCCCCGUGCCCGUCAGCCCCGUCCGGCCUGGCCUGCCCUGCGCCCAGUCUCUCCUGGAGGAGCUGGCCGCCCUGGAACCCAUGUUUGGGGCAGGUGCCUCUAUCACCCCUGGCCUGGGACAACAACCUGAGUUGUAUCAACUCCAAUGUCACCCCAUGCCUCAAUGCUUCCACAAAGAUGGGAGCGGUAGUGAUCCUCCGUUCUAAAAUAAGUCUGUGACUUACUUCAUUAAGUAUGGCAUAUUGUCAUAUUUCAUGGAGAUACUUUCACUGAAAGGUGAAGAUUAUCAAAGUGUAUAAAUAUAUACAUAAUGUAUAUAACUACAAACGGACUUGAGCCUCCUCAUAUCUUCUGUGAGCAAUUCAACUUCAUAUUUUGUUUAUGUGCUAAUCUGUGUUAUUUUUAUGUCAGAAAUGGUGCGACAUUUCAACAUUGGUGCAUUAUAACUAGCUGUAUGACCUGGGCCUAAAUGGAACUAAGGAAUCAGUUCAACUUUCAAUGCUUUUAUCUGUAACUAUCAUGAGUAUCAGUUUUACUAAUCAAAAAAGAAACAGUCAAUGAGUUCAAUGACCUUGUAAGUGCAACAUUGACUUACAGACGCACAUUUGUAUUCACUCGUAGUGAAAAUACUCUGUUGUGAACUUGACAUCAUUCCUAUUCAAUAGGAAAAAACAAUAGCAAGCUCAUAGCUCAAUACUUAUCAUGCAGUACCACAACCACAAACCCUAAAAGUGUUAGGAGCCAAUGUUUACUAUUUUUAUUUAAACAAACCUUGUGGAACUAAGUGACAUACCAAAGAGGCCAAUCUGCUGAAUCAACAGCUUAAGUACAAUUCAUUUCUAGAAUAAGAACGGUGAAAUCUUCAAAGCACUUCCACUAAUUUUGACUCUGGUGUCAAAUUGCACAAUUAAUAUGCUCUCCGCAACACUUGGGGAUUUGAGUUUGUGGCUGCAUUGAUUUUUACAUUUGACUUUGAUCUCUUUUCACUUCUGUACAACUUGUGUGAUGACAUAAUGAUGUACGAAACAUUUCUCAACGUUUGAAGAUGUCUCUGUGUGUAAGAGGAAAAGAACGCUUUCCUACAGUUUCCAAAAAAAAAAGGCGAACAAAAAAAGGGGAGAGGACUCCAGUAACCAUCACACGCUCUUCCUGAGAAGGGCGGAAAUCUGUGCUGUGUGUGUGUUGUGCACACACACUUUAAGAUUGUUGUACCGUUUAGUUCCAUUCAGGGGGGUGAGUUUCACUUCUCCUUGAGUGACUGCGCUCUUCGGCUAGGCUAAAUGCACUUGAGCAGGGUUCUUUGCAGCAUCCAUUUUCGUAAUGCUGGCAAACUUUUGUUAGAGGCUUUUGUUCGCCUGGUAAAGCUUGGGCCUACCAUGUUCUGUCAGGCCACUGUUAUAUCAUGAAUAUCAUGGUAACAUCGCAGCGAUUAUCGGUGUGGUGUCGAUUGGUGAUGACGUGUGUGUAUGAGCAAUUCUUCUUUUUUGAGAGGGGUUUAAAAAUACAAAAGUUUUGUUUAAAAAAUGAACUGGAAAAUGAAGGGUUAGGGGCUGCUCUUUCUAUUCAGUUAUUACUCGACAUGGGUUUGAGAAUGGUUCUAAUCCCAUGGUGUCGACGAGCUAACGUAGAGUUGUCUACGGCCAAGUAAGGGAUUGAUUCCUACGUUCUAGCUAUUUAAACGCUAUGUUUUAAAAAAGUAUUAUAUCGUAUGUGUGCUGUUUUAAAAAAAUAGAUACACAUGCAUGUACCUAUACAUCUAUAGAUACAUGCUGAAAGGGUUGAGGGUUGUGCACAUUUGUAUAUUUGUACAUCUGUAUAAAUCUAUACAUACAAGAGACAUUUCUAUUAUCUAAAAAGAAACACAUUCUUGGCAUAUGCUAUUUAUGACGAAUGGACAUUGUGGAUCAGUGUUCGAUGGUUUGUAUCGCCAAUAAGUGUAUUUGGUUGUCAAAACAAAUGCAUUUAUAUUAAAGUGCACUUAAAGCAGC